CAUUGCUCAGUGUUGUCAGGGGAGUGUGUUGUGACAGGUCUGCAGGAAGGAGUGAAUUUCACCGACUCUUCCCACUCUACAAACACCGACACGGUGAAGGUGUCUCGGCCAGUUCGUGCUGUACAGGUUGAGGACAGAAUGUGGAUGCUGAUCCUUCAGUUGAUUUGCGCUGGUUUGUACCUAAAGGUAACUGUAUCCUACCAACCAUGCCAUGUGAGUGGACAACGUGCUUCAUGUAGCUUUAAGAACCACUACUGGGUUCCUGCUCUGCCCCCCAACAUCACCCACCUCUUUCUGGGACACAACUUUAUCAGUGAGAUCAACAGCACCUCGCUCAGAGACUUAGUGGAGUUACUAGUAUUAGAUCUUGGAUAUCAGAAUGGAAUGCUCGUCAUAAAGAACAAUGCUUUCCUCAGGCAGAGAAAAUUAAUGAAAUUGGACCUAGGCUACAAUCUGGGCCUUAAGCUGGAGCCGAGGGCAUUUGCAGGACUGUUAAAUUUACAACAAUUGUCUUUGUAUUAUUGUGACUUGACGGACUCCAUACUAUCGGAAAGCUAUCUGGAGCCACUUCUGUCCUUGGAAGUGCUUGAUCUUUCAUUUAACAAGAUAGUGAGACUCCAGCCAGGUCUGUUCUUUUCAAGAUUCAAAAGGUUCACACAGCUGAUCCUCAAAUUAAAUAAGAUCAAAAACAUAUGUGAAGAGGAUCUCGUUGGUUUCAGGGGUAAAACAUUUGAACUCCUGGACUUGAGCUCCAGCGGUUUAUACCAAAAUGAUGAACGGGGAAGCUGCGGGAACCCUUUCAAAGGUUUGGCCUUCCAAGUUCUUGAUUUAACCUCCAGUGGAUUAAAUGUGGACCAAACUAGACAGUUCUUCAAAGCAAUAGAAGGGACUCCAAUUUAUCAUCUUAAAUUCUCUGGAGUCAUUGGCAAAGGGUUUUCAUAUAAUAACAUCCCAGAUCCAGAUAAAGGCCUAUUUGAAGGGCUGAAAAACAGUUCAGUUAAUAUUUUAGAUCUGUCUAAAAACUGCAUAUUUGCUUUGGAGAGUGCUGUUUUCAGUCAUCUCGGAGAUUCAAAGAUGAUCGAUGUGUCCCUAAACAAAAUCAAUCAGAUUAACAAAAAUGCCUUCGAUGGCCUUCAGGAUCAUUUAAUAAUACUCAACCUGUCGUCCAACCUUCUAGGAGAAAUACAUUCGCACACAUUCACCAAUCUGACUGAACUUAAAGCGUUGGAUUUGUCCUACAACCACAUUGGUGUGUUGGGAGACAAGGCAUUCAGUGGUCUUCAUAAAUUACAAUAUUUAUUUUUGACAUCAAACUCACUGCGAACCCUGGGUUUUCCUGUGUCACUACCAAACGUACAGUAUCUCUAUUUGGGAGAUAAUAAGUUGAAAUAUAUCAGUGGAAUCAAUGAAUUGGGCAUGAACAGUGUCCAUGUAGAUAUUACAAACAACAGAUUAACAAAUAUGGAGGAUGUUUAUGAUAUUUUAACUAAUUUCCCAAGACUUGAGAAGUUAUUCUAUGGUGGCAACUCCAUCAGGUGGUGCACACUAAAUAAGGGCAAUGCAGUACCUUAUAAUAAUAGUUUGAUAGUGCUCGAUCUUCAUGAUAGUUCCCUGCAGAUAAUUUGGGCGCAGGGGCAGUGCCUUGACCUGUUUGACCAUCUUGAAAGUCUGAUUGGUCUAAAUAUAAGCUUUAAUUCACUCAUGACACUCCCACGAGGGAUUUUCAGGGGUCUCAGUUCAAUCAUAGAGAUGGACCUUUCGUACAAUGCCUUGACCUUUCUGCACCCAGAUGUCUUUCCGGUCAGCCUGAAAAUGCUCCAUCUCUCAAACAACUUCCUAGCCUCCCCUGAUCCUAUGACGUUUCAGUCUCUCAGCUCUCUCAGCCUGUCAGCAAAUCGGUUCUACUGUGACUGCAAUCUGGGGAGCUUCUUGGAGUGGCUGAACACAACUGAUGUCAUCUUGUUGAACCCAAUUGAGGAAUUAAGAUGUGCGUUUCCAGCUGCUUUCCAUGACCUUCCUCUGCUGAAUUACUCCACAAUCAUUGAACCAUGCGAGACAGAUGACACGCAGGCAGUCCAAGAUCUGAGGCUUGCUGUCUUCAUUUUCUCUGCCUGCCACAUCAUUACUGUCAUCCUCGUUGGAAUUACUUACGCCCAUCUACGAGGGCAAAUGUUUAUCAUCUACAAGAAGAUUGCCAGCAGGGUUCUUGAGGGCCCAAAACAGACUCCUCUUGCAGAUGAGAUGAAAUAUGACGCCUUUGUCUGUUAUAGCAACAGUGACUACAGGUGGGUGGAAGGUGCUUUGCUGAAAAAGCUGGAUAACCAGUUUUCAGAGGAGAAUCUCUUCCACUGUUGUUUCGAGGCCCGAGACUUCCUGCCAGGUGAGGAUCACCUUUCGAACAUCAGAGAUGCCAUCUGGAGCAGCAGGAAGACUGUGUUUAUUGUCUCCAAGGAGUUUCUUAAAGAUGGCUGGUGCUUGGAAGGGUUUGCUUUAGCCCAGGGCCGGAUGCUGGAGGAGCUGACAGAUGUCUUGGUUAUGUUGGUGGUAGGGAAGGUGGCUCCCUACCAGUUGAUGAAGUGCAAUGCAAUCAGAGCCUUUGUCCAGAGGAAAGAGUACCUCACCUGGCCAGAGGACCCUCAGGACAUGGAAUGGUUUUAUGAUCGACUCGUCUCAAAUAUACUCAAAGACAGCAAGGUGAAAAAGCUCAAAGAGGACAAACCUGAGUCUGUGGGGCCUGAAGUUCAGCCUGACACUCAUGACAGGGUUCAGGUAGAGAACAUAAAAGAGACUGCCAUGUGAACUCUGCCAGUUUGUUUAAGAAUAUUUUCUUGUUUUUUUGUUUUUUUUUGCAUUUGAAACAUUUGAUCCUCUUUAAAACAGCGCCAAUCAGUAA